AAUCGCGAGCGGCUGAUUUAUGAGAUGUCAAUGACCUUAUAAUUCAGUCAAAUGAGGGCGCUGUUCAUAAGAAAGCUGGCCGGCCAUGACAGUCGAGGAUUCGGAAACCUUGCCAAUCCUAAACCGACUGCUUAUUAUACAUACCUUGGCUAUAGCAGACAACUGUACUCAGUUGGGUUGUCGAAAGAGGCGUUUCCGUUUGCAGCUUAGAGACAUGUACCGAUGAUUCACUAGCUGAUUUUAGAGGCGAACAACCCAACCCCCUUUGAAGAGGGCAGGAUACCAGUGCAUGUAACCGGUAACCAACCACGUACAGUGUGAACGACAUCAUGAGUCUGCAGAGGCCGCCAUUUUCACCUCCGCCGAGUCAUGUGACUUUUUGGCAGGCAGAAGUUGAACAGUUACAGCGUAAUCAUCAUUUUUCCACACAGGUUCCUGGCAUGGAUCCAAGGCCACCGCUAACCCCCGGAAAACCACCAACAACAGGGUAUGAGUGUAACAAGUGCUGUGCAAGAUUUGCGUCCAUUGCAAGCCAUGUUGCCCACGAGAUAGCCGGCUGUGUUACCAUGUCGCCGUCUACCAGCCAACAGCAGGCCGCUGCCCUGUACACCAGGAAUACCGUGCAGCCGACACCUGUUGUCAAUCAAGCGGCGAGCAGACCGGCGCCCGUCGGCAGCAACGGACUCCCCAAUCAUUCAGGUAAUACCACGUCCUCCUCACCGCGAGGUAAGGGCGGCCACAAAGCCGAGAAAGUCACGAGUCCGCGCUCGUUCCUGGAAGCCGAGCAGGGCGGGCAGGAGUACCACUGUAAGAUCUGCCCGCAGGUCUACUACAGUAAGUCCGAUGUGUUGCUGCACGCGCGGUCUCACACCGAAGGCAAACCUUAUAAGUGUGAGGAUUGCGGGAAGGGGUUCGCGACCACGUCAUAUCUAAGCCAGCACUCACGGGUGCACACCAACCACAAGCCCUACAAUUGCACCUACUGCGACAAAUCCUUCAAGCAGUUGUCGCAUCUGCAGCAGCACACGCGCAUCCACACCGGCAUGAAGCCCUACAAGUGUUUCGACGCCGGCUGUGACAAGGCGUUCAGCCAGUUGUCCAAUCUUCAGCAGCACUGGAGGCGACACAACAAGGAUAAACCCUACAAAUGCCGCGACUGCUACCGCGCCUACGACGAGCUCGAAAAGCUGCAGAAUCACGUGCUGUCUCACGAGAACACCCGUCGCGAGAAGCGGUUCUCCUGCGGGGUGUGCGGCAAGACGUAUAGCUUAGAGGUCUACCUACAGAAGCAUAUGGAUAAGCACCCUCAACAUCCUCAGCUUGCUAAUAACGGACUAGCUAACCUCCCCAUCGUUGAUUCAAACAAACAGAGCAACUCGUCCGCCGGCAGCAACCUCACGCACCACAAGAAACACAAGAAGAGUAAGAAGAAGUCUAACCCUGACCCCGCCCCCACUAUGAAUAUGCAUCAGCCAGUCAUGAAUAUGAAUGACUAUUCAGCAGCAGAGACCACCAGCCACCUUGUACCAAUGCUGAUGCAUCUCCAGGCGCCAGACUCUGUCCUGCAGCCGCUCACAUUACCGCCGCGGUGUGGGGUCCAAAGCCAGACCACUGAUGCCAAACCGGGCACCCAACCUCACGGUUUCCCGGCGCACACGGCCACUAGCCCGGCCGUGGGCAGUCAUCCAUUAAAUUUGCAUAUUCCCAUGCCGACAUCGUUAGGUUACAUGAAUCGCGGCCCGGCGGUAUUCUCCACGGAGAGUCCCACGUUCACGUCCAGCUCCCCCGCGUUCCAAUCCCCCAGUCACAUCGUGGAUUCCAGAAUGCCGUAUUUUCCACUGCCAGUAUCCGCUCCUAAUGUGUCCCACGUCAUACAGGCUUGAAAAGCAUCCUUCAAAGAUGUGACGGACACAAAUAUGAAACUCUUACCGGGAGUUUUUACUCCUCCCAAAGGCCCUGGAUGUUUUCACAAAGUUAUUAUAAUUUCACGAGACUUAUUGGACAACUUUCUGCCAGUAUUGAAAUAGAAAGAACUCGACCAAAGUGCAAGAUUUGUGCACCAAACUAAAGAACAUCAUUAACUGUGAGAUUUAACAUAUCUGGGCGGAAGAAAACUCUGUCAGAGUGUCCAUUUCUCCUCACAGAUUAAGCCAAGAAAUUGACCAUCUGCAUCGAUCGACUUGUAAUUUCAAGCGCAGAAAAUGAUUGAUCCACCUUUUUUGGAGUUUGGUUUGACUAUAUAUUGAGCUGCACCUCAUUCGGCCUGAGGGAAGCAACGUUUUAAAAACAAAUGCCAAGUAGUCGAUGUACAUAUUAAGUAAGUAUCUCGCAUUAACAAGAAACUGUACAACGUAGAAUGGAGUAUGUACUUAAUCCAACAACUCUGUGGGCUUGUUAUGAAUGAUCGCUCUGUGCACAGAUUCAUUGUCACGUAACGAGAGCAUUUAUUUGUCACAAGUUGUCUAGAAAUCUCAUUUGGAUCGGCUAGCUUGCUCUGCAGCUGAUUUCACGAAACAGUGAGCGACUUACAACAUGCAUAGGAUUAAUGCAACAAAAUUGUUGUACGGCUGCGCAACGAACUUACGAUCAAUUUCACGACACUUGGCGUAGCUGCGCAACGUUUUAAAUAAUCUAAACGUCUUGGACAUGGAUAAUAACAGCAUUUUCGACGGCCAUUUGUGUAUGAUUUUGCUCGGUCAAGAAACAGUCAAAUCACUUCUGACUGCCAUUUUGCAAAUCAUUUGCCCGACUUUCUUUGGAAUCGUGCAACAACUCUAAAAGUUCUGUCACAAGUAAAAUAGCAAUUAAUGUACCUCAAACACAAAGCAAUGAGUGUCUUGUAUCAACCUUGAUAAGUUGUGCAAUAACAGGCUCCACAAUGAUCACGAUUUGCUAGUAAAAUAGUUCAUUUUCAGUCGCUACGCCGCAACUUAUACCACCUAAAAUGAUUGCGCAAGUUACACCAUAAUUUGUUGCGCAAGUCGCGGACUUACGCACUAUGUAACUUGGGCGAAAUGUGUCGUAGCUGAAAUGUUGCGCAGUGUGAGAUGUAAGUUGUGCAUGAAAUUUUGGCGCAAGUGGAGUUGCACCACUGCGUAAAGUUUCGUGAAAUCAGCUCUUAGUUUUCUUUUCCAAACAUUCAGGUUUCAUCUUCAUUCCUUUGUGGAAAAUUUUGAAGAGUUGAAAAAAAA